AUGGCGGUCGAGAGUCGGGCGACGCAGAUUGCUGCGGUCGCGUACACUUUUGUCGUCAUUUCCUCAAUAGCGACUAUUCUACGAGUCUACUGUCGUGCCGUUGUUAUCAAGGCCUUUGCGCUGGAUGAUUGGUUUGCCGUCAUCGCCCAGUUUAUGUUUAUCGUUUUCUGCUCUUACGAACUCACCGGUACCAGAUAUGGAACGGGACGUCACUUCAAGGAUAUCGAAGGCGAUGAUUUAGUCAAAGCCAUGCAGAUGUGGUGGACAUGCGAACCGACAUACGUCCUGACCAACAUGGCCAUCAAAGCCAGUAUUGCCAUCUUCUUGCUCCGAAUCUGCGUUACCCGAACGCACAGGAUGAUCAUUUAUGUCGCCACCGGCGUCACUGAGCUUUACAGCUUGUUCUUCUUCUUGCUGUUUGUGCUCCAGUGCAGACCUACAUCUCUCUUCUGGCUCCGAUACUCAGCCAACCCUCCCGCAGGACAGUGUCUCGACGCUUCCGUCGUUUCCAACGCUUUCUAUGGAUACUCUGCAAUCAGUUGUGCGUCCGAUUGGACAUACAGUAUUCUCCCAAUGUUCCUUGUCUGGAAGCUGCAGAUGAGCAAGAGGACCAAGAUCUCUGUCAUUGGUAUCUUGGCAGCUGGUGCUAUUGCUUCCAGUGCAACCAUCAUCCGAUUCCCAUACCUGUGGUCCUUGACCGAUAUCGGCGACUUCCUAUACUCAACAUCAGAUGUCGCCAUCUGGUCGACUGUCGAAACCGGUCUCGGUAUCACCGCCGCAGCUGUUGCCACUCUCCGACCCCUCCUCCGAAGCUUUCUCGGUCACGGAUCCUCAGCCGAAGGUGGUGGAAACUCAGCCAGACCCUGGCAACGAACCGGCAGCAACCACCCCUCGGUAGGCUACCUCCGCAGCCAUGGUGUAUCAGGCGGCGAGGAGGCCUUUGACCUUCAUGACAAUGCUGGAAAGCGUAUCGGCGUCACCACCAUCAUUGACCACGGCGAUGAUAUCAAGGCCGGCGAGGGCUCGAAGCGAACGAGCCGAUCUGCAGAGUCUGACUCUGUCAAGGAGCUUCGCAAUGACUGGAACAGCAGUCACUCAGAUAUUGCUGCAGACAAGGAUGGCCAGCCAAGACCAGAGAAGGGCUGGAACGUGUUGGUGAAGAAGACUGUUACACAGACAAGGGGGUCGGACCUUGCUUAA